AUAAAAGUGGAAACUUGGUUUUGGAUUCUUGGCUGGUCUCUCUCCAUUCUGACCAUAAGUGGAAAUGGAUCUAUUAUCUUCCUUGUUUGCAGCAGACGGCGGCUCCGAACCAAAACCAACGCGUUCAUCGUUUCUCUUGCAGUGGCGGAUUUCUCUGUUGGAUUGAGCACUGUACCUUCAUUGUUCUUCUGCCAGAAAGAAGGCGAUUGUAACGGGUUAUCUAACGACUUGAGGAACUUAUUCCCAUACGCCUCAGUGGUAAACCUGUGCACUUUAGUCUUGGAGCGUUAUGUCGCCGUUGUAAUGCCUUUCAAAUAUUUGACUUUUAUGAAGCGUCGCCGCGUUUUCCUGGUGAUUUUCAUCUCUUGGGUGAUUCCAGUUAUUACUGCUUUGGCUUUUUUCAAAAUGGAUCGGCUUUGUCCGGGCCAAUGUUUACUAUAUGACAUAAUUAUUUCGAUGAACAUAUUUUUUUUGGCGUUUCUACCAUGCUGUGGACUGAUCUUUUGCUUCGCUUCAAUGUUACUUGUUGUUUACAAGCACGAACGAGCAGCUCGUGUCUUAGCAAAGCAGCUCCACUUUAAUCAUCGAUUUCUGUUCAAAAUCCAGGAGAAAUCUGCAGUUAAAAUGAUGGCAAUUGUUAUAGGAGUUUUCCUUCUGGCGAACACAUUUGCUUUACGAUGUGGUUAUAUAUUAUUAUUUAAAACAGGAAAAACAUGUGAUGAUGAAGAAUAUAAAAUACCCCUCCUUAUUUUAAACUCUGCUAUUAACCCCAUUGCGUACGCCUUCUUCAAGCGGGAUAUAAAGAAGGAGAUGACAAAACGUAUUUUCUGCCUCAUCUAGAUAAAGUAAUGCAACUUUUUCAGCUAAUCCAAGAAAUCUGCAAAAUUUGUUUUUAAGCUUUCAUUACUGGGUUGUCAAUAGGCGUUGAUAAUUAAGGAACAAAACAAAAUUGUAUUCCAAGACCACCUCUAAAAUGAAGCCUCCUUUGUUCUCCAAUUUGUUCAGUUCACACCUCAGUGAUCUUUUCAUCUCUGUUUCCCUUUCCUUUCUAGCUUACCUCAUUCGAGUUUGUUUACCGGUUAUUUUUAGGUUCGUGUGUAUCUUAAGGUACCCUUUAAAUUUCUUUACCGCACAAGCGUGUGUUGCGACCAGUUUGAAGUGUGCAAGAGCGCGAUAUAGAUGGUAAUAAUCGCCAUACUGCUAUUUUACCCGCGAAACCAAUCAGAACGUGAGACUGUGAACAUUUGCACCAUCCGCAUCAGCGACACCUUCAGUGUUGAGACAGUCUUGGCGCCCAUGCUGUGCAUAAGCGAGAUAUGGAAAAGUAAGCCAAAAAUAGAGGUUGCAGCUAAUGUUCUAGGCUUUCCCUUACUUAAAAAAGUUGACGUCACUUGGCUGGAAGGUGAAAGAAGGAAAAUGCGUUAUAUGGAACCAAAAAAUACGACGUAGUGUGGGCAUUUGAAAGUCACAACUUUCAAUCUUUUGAACGUGGCGUGACAAAAUAGAAUACGUGUUUAUUCGCUCGCUUAUGGUUGGGACGCAUCCCAAAAAAUAGAAAUAUAAUUGAGAAUGUUUAGAAUAAAAAGGCUAAAGAAAUCAUGUAUGUGUAUUCAUUGCUUGGAAAAUAUAAGUGGUUAGCUAAUGUAGAGCUCUCUCCCGAGUUCCAUCUAUGGCAAGAAGCGCUUCAUAUUUCAUUGCUGAAUGAAAUGUAUGUGUGAGAAAUGUCAUUUAAAGGAAAUACAGCGUAAACCGAAAACACUGUCAAACCAGGAUCGUAUCUUUAUUAUUUUGCUCAAGAUUUGUCCUUCGAAACAAAACUUCAGUCGCAUUUACUUCGAAAGCAGCAUGUUUUCCAAUUGUCAAAUUUGCAAAUAGGCUACAUAAACAAUAAUCUUUAAUAUGGUGAGAAAAUAAAAGCAUUCCGAAAAGGUCGAGUUAGCCUCCGAUACCGCCUCAAUAACUGCUAGUUUUCCUUUCGUUAUGAUUAAGUUAGAGAAAAUAUAGGAAAGGAGGAGGGGGAAGUUUGUUGUUACGUGUAAUUUUUAACCAAAGUAAAUGGCAGCUGAUUUUAACACCAACUCGACCACAGUAUUCUGGCUAAUUUAGCGUUAUGCCAAAUCGUUUAAAGAAAUUCGUUGAAUAGAAGAUAGAUGUAAUGCAACUUCAACGCGUUUAGUUUAACGACAGGCAAAGUUGUGCUCCUAUUGGGUUUUCUCUUGCUUCGUCUUCCUCUAAAGAAAAGAGAUGUUAUUUACGCGACACUAUGACGGAAGGCUUCAGUAUAUUUUAGUCCGCUGUCGUCAUUGAUCCUAAAGUUACGACGAACCUUGCAAAUCAUGCCUUAAGCAUACAACAACUACUAAUUGAGUCGUGAAAAAUUUUGCUGCCUGAGUGACAAGUGCAUAAAGCCCUGGUCAAACGCAAUAUCUUGCAACAUUGUUGCGCGUAACGUGUUGCACAAGUUUGGCCACCCCGUAGCAACAUGUUGCAACAAGUUGAAUCAAGUUCGAAAAUAGUCAAAAUUUUGUAUCUUGCAAGGUGUUGCGUGCGUUUGGCCAGCUCCCACACAACAUCUCUCAACUAGAUUUAACAAUGUUGCAAGAUGUUGCGUUGAAAUGUGGCGUGAGUUUUGCUUUGAAAUUCUUCACAUGUUAAAUGAGUACAGGUCAUUAAUGAGUAGAGAUCAUUAGUAAAUGGUUAUAUUAUUAGCCCAAGCUGGCAUCAAUAAAAAUUUCAAAGGUGCAGUUUUGCAUAUAAUAAAGUGGGAAGAAAAAACAGGAACAACAGGGAUUAAAGAAAAAUACUAAGUUUAUUGCGCGCUUAUCCACUUAAUUUUCAUUUGAUGUAAGUCGGUCAUUCUUCAAUCUCAAAACGAUAAUUGUUAAGCUAUAAAGCUUGUGGGGUCGUUAAGUCUUACAUCAAUUUUUCCUCACAGUUUCUGGACAGUUUACCUAGCUAUGUACAAUCACCCUUUGUUUACAAAAUGGAUACCUGGUUCUAGAUUCUUGGCUGGUCUCAUUCGAUUGUGACCGUAACUGGAAGUGGAUUUAUCAUUUUCCUUGUUUGCAGAACUCGGCGGCUUCGGACCAAAACCAACGCAUUUGUCGUUUCACUUGCUGUGGCGGAUUUCUGUGUUGGGCUGAGUGCUGUUUCCUCACUUUUUUUCUGCUAAAGACAACUGGAUGCGAUCCUGAAGCCCCUUUUACCCACAGGGUUGAUUAUCUUAGUAGGGCUGUUUACGUGUGCGUUUAUGUAAACUUAUGUAGUUUAGUCCUGGAUCGCCACAUAGCUGUUGUGAAGCCUCUCAAAUACUUACUGUUCAUGACACGAAAACGUGUUUCUCAGUUGAUUUUUCUUUCUUGGAUACUGUGAAUUCUUGUUGUUUGUCCCGAUGUUCUAACGUGGCUCGUUUUUGACAACAAUAUUUCUGUUUUCCUAAUUAGUACUUGGAUAAUAAUGAUUUUCUUCGAGAUCCUGUCGUGCUGUGGUCUUAUCUUUUACUUUGGUUCAAUGUUACAUGUUGUUUAUAGACACGAACGAGCCGCCCGUAUCUUAGCGAAACAACUCUGCUUUAAUCUUCGUUUUCUCAAAAACGAGAAGAAGUCGGCUGUGAAAGUGAUGGCCAUUGUUAUAGGCCUCUUUCUUGUUUUUUCUGCAUGCUCUCUGCGAUGUAGUCUUAUAUACAUAAUGAAAGAAGAACAACCAUGUAAUGAUAAAAAAUUCAAAUUGCCUGUGUUGGUUUUUAAACUCUGCUAUCAACCCAGUCGCUCACGCGACAUAAAAGAGGAAGUAGAACGAUACAUUUGCUGUGUGAUCUGAAAGAAGAGAAACAACAUUGAACCACUUAAUGACUCAAAAGCUUUUCCAGAUGGAUUCAUUUUUUAUUUUGAUCGAUCGUAAUUUGAGGCAAGCGUUAUCUAUUGUAUACAUUAAUGUUGACAAGCAGGAAAUAAGUUGAAUAAUUGAGUGAGGACCGCCAUAAAGAGCUACUCUUGUUGUAUUUAGAUAACGUUGCAUCGCCGCUGAUUAGCAAAUGAAGGAGAGUUGGAGACGAUGGCAAUUGAGAUCAGGUUAUUUUGAAAAAUGAUUGAUUAAACUGUGUUGAAAAAGCUAGCUUUACUAGGCUGUGUUUAAAUUUUCAUAGGAAAUAAGCCUGAGUCACUUAGUGUUUAUAGUAUCAGCUUUUCAUCUCUGUUUUGAGUGAAGCUGGCAAAAUUCAACCCAGCGGAAAAAAAAGUUUGCAUUAAAUCACUCAUGUUUUAAAAAUUUCAAGGAGCUAGUAUAAACAAUUACAAAAGAGUGUUCUAUAGACAUUCGCUUUGCAGAGUAAACAUAUAUAUAUAUAUAUAUAUAUAUAUAUAUAUAUAAACAUAUAUAUAUAUAUAUAUAUAAACAUAUAUAUUAUUAUAUAUAGCCUAUUAUAUAUUUAUAUAUAUAAAUGAUGCAAAUGAAGCACAUUACAGCUAUUCCGAUUUAAAUUGCAAACGAGUUUUAAUUUUGAUGUCAGUUGAGAUUGGCUGGUUUACUGGAAGAGACAGUUGUACUUUGGCAACAAGUAAAUGUCAAAGUUUGUUACGUUUAACUCUUAAACUUCUAUGACGGACUGGUUUUACUGAUUGAGGGCGUUGUGAAUCAUAUGCUAAGUAUUGAUCGGUGAGCGUGGGCUUCUUGUAUACGCUGGUGGUGAGGCAACCGUCAUAAAUUUAGCACUUCUAUUAACAGGCUCAUAACAGGUGUCAAUAAAAAUGUUCCUAAGUCAAGGAACUUCCACGACGGGUCUUCUAUCAGUUCAUCAUCGAAAGUUAUCUUCUGUAUUUUCGCCUGAGUAAAGUCAUUCAAAAACCCCUAAAUGGAAACCUGGUUCUGGAUUCUUGGCUGGUCUCUUUCCAUCGUAACCAUAGCUGGAAAUGGAUUUAUCAUCUUCCUUGUUUGCAGACGGCGGCGGCUUCGAACUAAAAGCAACGCGUUUGUCGUUUCACUUGCUGUGGCGGAUUUCUGUGUUGGGCUGAGUGCUGUUCCCCCACUUUUUGUCUGCGAGAAGACAACUGGAUGCGAUCCUGAAGCCCCUUUUGCCAACAGGGUGGAUUAUCUUAGGUGGCUGUUUACGUACGCGUCUGUAACAAACUUAUGUAGUUUAGUCCUGGAUCGCUACAUUGCUGUUGUGAAUCCUCUCAAAUACUUAUUGUUCAUGACGCGCAAACGUGUUUCUCAGUUGAUUUUUCUUUCUUGGAUACUGUCAAUUCUUGUUAUUUGUCCCUAUGUGCUAAUGUGGCUCGUUUUUAACGACAAUCGUUCUCUUUUCUUAAUUUCUUUUUGGAUAUUAAUGAUUUUAGAGAUCCUGUCGUCCUGCAGUCUUAUUUUUUACUUUGGUUCAAUGUUACAUGUUGUUUAUAAACACGAACGAGCCGCCCGUAUCUUAGCGAAACAACUCCGCUUCAAUCAUCGAUAUUUGCACAAAAACGAGGAGAAGUCCGCUGUGAAAUUGAUGGUCAUUGUUAUUGGCCUGUUUCUUGUUUGUUCUGGAUGCUCUCUGCGAUGUAGUCUUGUAUAUAUAAUGAAAGACGAACAACCAUGUAAUGAUAAAAGAUUCAAAUUGCCUCUGUUAGUUUUAAACUCUGCCAUCAACCCCGUUGCUUACGCUUUCUUCAAGAGGGACAUAAAAGAGGAAGUAGAACGAUGCAUUUGCUGUGUGAUCUGGAAGAAGAGAAACAACAUUGAACCACUUAAUGGCUCAAGACUUUUUCCAAAUUAA